AUGACUCCUCCCGAGCCUCUCGCACCUCAGGCAGUUACUGCCUCCUCGAGCGAAGACGCCACCGAUGGCACGCAAGGCACUUGGGAAGAGAUUUUGGGUCCAGAGCUACUGUUGCCCAAUGAGAAUGGCAGGCCUACUUUGCCCAAGGAGUGGUAUGACGAUCCGGAUGACGAGAAUAAAAGCAUAAAGGCAUUUCUUCGUUACGUGGAAAAAGAAGCGCCGCGCCUUGAACUACACGGCCUACCAACUCGCGGAGUCGUCCACGACCCAGAACAUGGAUCUUACAUUCAACCCCGCCCACAGGUCGGUUUGCAGGCCGCCGAUUACGCGGGUCACGAGGAUAACCUCGAGACCGAGUAUGUUUCUUUGGUUCGAAGAGUCCCUUCUUCCUCGAAAGCGGUGCUCUACCGAAUGGUGGACGGCAUGUGGCGCGCUCCCAAGUCUGUACGCGACGAGAACGGCAAAGACACGAGAAGAGUUGACCGUCCUGUGGAUAUCAUUACCGAAGAAAGGACUGUCGCGGACACACGCUGGUUUCUUGGGCCUGGUCUAACUCUCAUGACUACUACGAUGCCCAAUGAUUCCUGGCGCCUAGGUCAGCUUCUCGGUCAGGAUGGAUCAAACCCAGGAACGAUCGCAAAGUCGUUAUCUUUUGCCCCCCGGGAAUCCGAGCUCGAUAACUCUGAGGCGCGCUCGGCUACUUCCACUGGGCAUGUCAUCGUGCAUCCGCGAGACUCCACCGUCGGCGCUGGCUGGGGGGAUUAUGACAAGCACAUCCGCUGGCAGUCCUACGGGCGUCGGCUCACCAAGGACAUGGUAGAAGAGAAGGAAUGGUCAACGGACCUGGCAGCCAACUUUGUCAACGACGCCGGUGAGGUUGUGAAGACCAUCGGAUCAGAAAUCAAGCCAGAAGAUCUAUCCGCACGAACGCCAGUCUCCCUCUACGGUCGGCUACACAGGGACCGCUCAAUGCCAGGAAAAGCGCGACAAUAA